CCCCUCUCAGGUGCUAGGGGAGGGCGCGCGCCCGGCCGCCCCCCCCCCUAGUUGCGCCUCUGAGGCUCUGACUCACUCACUAGUCACUGUCACUGAUCAGUUGAAUUGAAGUUCUCCCAGUUUGCAUUACUAUGAGAUAAAGCACCGGUGAAUAGUGUGACUUGAAAUUGGGUGACUUGAAAUCACGCUUAAAGUUCUUUAAAUUUGAAAAACUUUUUUACAUAUCAGGACAUCAAUCAUAUUUUUUCUCUAUAGAUAAAUCAUGAAUAUAACAGAGUUUAGAAAGCUCAAAAGGCGCCAAUAUAAGGCUUCAUGGCAAUGGGCAAAGAGAAGAAAAAUGAAAGCGCAAAGAAAGGGUUCUGGUUGGUCUAGUUCCGCCUCAUCAGAUAUAAAUGUAUCCCAAGAAGAUAUACAAAGUGAAAGUGAAGAUCGAUUUCAGGUAGUGAUAGAUCCUAUUGGUGAGGAAUCAGACUUUGAAGAUUCCAGUACUUUGAGAGACGUUUUGGGUGAAGUUCACGAGGGAGAGGAAGAGG